AUGUCGGCCGCAACCACCAACGGCGGUGAUACCGCGUCGAAGCAGCAGCUGAAGAGCGACUCCAGGAUGCAACAGCCACCUCCUCCGCCGAAGAAUGCUUGGGGAAAAAGUCUCAACCCGAAGACGAGCAACACCAAUGGCACGGACAAGCCAACGCACAGCACGCCAAAGCAGCUUCCGAAGAGCUCCGGCGACGUACACAAGGAACAGGCACACGACCGCAGUCUGUUUCUCCUAGCACACUUUGUUGGUAAAGUUGCUAUCAUCACUGUGAAGAACGGCGAGCAAUACUCCGGCGUAAUGAGCGGCGCAUCGCUUGAAUCGCCAAAGCCGCAGUACAUUUUGAAGAUGACGAGACGUUUACAAUCGGGAGGGCCGCCACAAACGAACGGUGCCAGCGAUCAAGCUGGCGAAUACGUCGGCGAAGGAGAUGACCACGCCAUGGGCUUUGACAUACAGGACACGGCCGAUCUAUUCGUGUCGAACGUUACGACUGCGGCGGCACCAUCUCAGCAGAAUGGCUCUGCCGGAUCGUUCCUUACGGACACACAGAUCUCAAACAAAGAGGCACAUGCGGGACGGGCACGUGAGCUACAGCGCUGGGAGGCUGGCGCCGAAUCAUCCGCCGCUGACAUGUCACUGGGUGAUCCCAACGAUCGUAGUUGGGACCAGUUCGCCGCGAAUGAACGUCUGUACGGCGUACAAACCACCUACGACGAGAAUAUGUACACUACCGCUAUUGAUCGCAACACACCAGAGUUCCGACGGAAACAAGCGGAAGCGGACAGAAUCGCUCGCGAAAUCGAAGGCUCCGCACCGGCAAAUGCGCACAUUGCGGAGGAGAGAAGGAGAGAUGCAAGCCGCGACGAUGGUGGAGACGAAGAGGACAAAUACUCUGGAGUCAGACGGGAGUCCGCGCUCCCGAAGCGUGCACAGGGUGCAUACGUACCACCAUCACAGCGCCCAAUUACUGGCGCUCCCAGCGUGUCCGGCGCUCCAUUCGACCCUGCCAUCAUUUCAAGCCAGCUCAGGGCUACCCCGUCCGCGAGCACUCAAACUCCACCAUCGGGAUCUUCACCAGCGCCCAAGGUUGCUGUCGAGCCCSAAACCGCCCCACCUAAGAGGAAAGAGGGCACCACGGAGGAUCGAGUGCGUGACACUGCCGACGCAUUCAAGCUCUUCGCAAACAACGAGAAGUUGCGCAUCAAAGCCGCUCAGGAGGCCAAGCGGAACACUGUGCGUCAAGAAAAGAAUGUCAAGCUCAACGAUCUGAAGAAAUUUGCGGCCAACUUCAAGUUGAAGAGUCGUGUUCCAGACGACCUGGUUCCGAUUCUAGCCAAAGAUCGCGAGAAGCAGCUCGAAAUCCAGUCCAAGGCAGAAGAAGCUGCCAGAGAAGAAGAGCUUAGAUCACGGGACACGGACAGGACUACCAGCAAUGCCGCUUCUCCCGUUCCAUCUACUCAGACCUCACAUGCCGGGUCUUCCACUCCUGACUCUCGCCAGCAGUUCAACCAGUCUCGCGCGGCAAGAUCCUCUCACUCAGGCCGUGGAGGUGUUGGCGGUCCUGCACCUUUACACCCUGGCCAGAUGCCACCUCAUGCCCAAGUCCCAUCACCUCGUCAACCUCUCAGCCAGCGGAUAGGUGCCAACAACAAUCUCGCCCGCCAAGGCAUGCCUCCAGAUAUUCGCGUGCCACCAAGUGGCCCGUCGGGUGCCCCGUCCGAGCCCAUGAUGAGCCCACAAUCGGCUACGCGCCUCAACGUAAACGCGAAAGCUUUCGAAUUCCGUCCUGUAGCCUCUGCAUUCACGCCCACCGGAACAUCGCCCAGCCCUCAGCGUGCAAUUAGCCGCGCUCCUGCUGAGGCCACUUCUGUCUUUUUCGACAAAAACAAGCCUAAGACUGCGAAACCAUUUCCAGCUGACUACGAUCCUCUCAAGCGCGUGGCUGAAGCGGAAUACACCGCGUCGGAGAAGAAGAAAUACGCUAGCAAUGGUGGCAUGCCCCAGGCGUACAACACCAUUCCCACAUGGCAGACACCUAAGAGCAACGAAGGGGUGUCAUAUCUCCAGGCAUAUCCCACAGCGCAGUCUCUAGCCGCCAAUCCGGGCCCGUCUCCCAUGCAAACGCCAAUCGUGAACCCCCAAAUGUCGCACGCACAUCAACUGCCCGCUCAUAUGCAUGCACAAGGAAUGCAGGGUCCGCCUCACCGUCAGCAACCGUUCUUUCCACCACAGCCCGGCCAUUUCGACCCGCGAUUGCAGCAACAGCAUUUCGGACCUAACGGAUCCGUGCAGAACUCGCCACGUGCGCAACACAUGCCAGUAGCGCCGUUUAACAACCAGAUGCCACCAAUGCCUCAGCACUUUCCCGGGCAACCAAUGCCUCCCGGGUACGGAAUGAGUCCUUCCAUGCAGUACCGUCAACCACACAUGCAAGGUCCAAUGAUGAUGAUGCCCGGUCAGCCGCAAGGGCAAAUGCCUAUGCGGCCCGGGAACUAUGGACCAGGACCUCAAUUCAACGGACCACAAAUGGGAGGCCACAUGAUGGUUCAGCAACAGUCGGGAGGAUAUGCCAAUGGGCCAAUGCCGCAAAACUUUUCUCCAAUGCCGCCGCAUGCCCAGCCACACAUGCCUCACAACAUGCAGCAACAUGGGAAUCAGGGAUUUCAAGGAAGUCCGCGUCCGCCGAUGAUGUCCCAUCAAGGAUCCCAUCAAGGAUUCCAACCAGGCAUGCCCAUGCAGCCUCACUUCCAGCCAUCUCCCGGCCAGCACCCCUAUCAUCUACAGCAGCAACAGCGUGCUAUGUCGGGCAGCUUUCAACAGAUGACUCCACGCCAGCAGGCCGCAGUACCAAAUCACCCAAGUCCAGGUAUGGGAGGUGCUCCCGUGCAAGGCGACGAAGGCAAAUGA